GGGUGUCCUAACUGGUUUCUGCAUGGACCUUACAGUAUAAAUAAACAAUUGUAAUAGUCUUUGUCAACAAUCAUUCGUUCUCCUGGUGCAUACAAAGAUACCCAAAAAAGAUAGAUCCAAGAAAAAGCUGUUUUAAUUUCCAUUUCUGAGAUUUAAGGCUUUUGGCAUUUUCUUUCUGCUCCAGAAAUGCCUCGAGGAACUCUUGAAGUCCUUCUUGUUAACGCCAAGGGUCUUGAAGACACUGAUUUCCUCAAUAAUAUGGAUCCUUAUGUCAUCCUCAGUUGCCGUAGCCAGGAGCAGAAAAGCAGUGUUGCUUCAGGGAAAGGAAGCAAUCCAGAAUGGAAUGAAAGUUUUGUAUUUACUAUAUCAGAUACUGUGACAGAUAUUAGACUGAAAAUCAUGGAUAGUGAUGUUGGUACUGCAGAUGAUUUCGUCGGAGAAGCAAUCAUUCCACUUGAACCACUGUUUAUGGAAGGAAGCUUGCCAACAACAUCAUACAAUGUAGUCAAAGAUCAAGAAUACAAGGGAGAGAUUAGACUUGGUCUCAACUUCAUACCACAGGAACGCACAAACCGUGGCUUCCAGGCAGAAGAGGAAAACUGGGGAGGAUACAAGCAGUCGUCAAUAUCUUAUUAAGUAGCUUGGUGCGGGGAUGGCAUGGUGGCAUGAAUAGGCUUUUUGGUUUGUUGAUGUUUUUGGGUCAAUGUAUUGUGAGGAUCUAUAUUGAUGUGUUAAUGUCAAUGUGUUUCAGAUAACGUAUUAAUGUUGAGAUAGACUUGGCUUUAUGUCUGGCUUUAAUAAUAAUAUGUUUCUCAUUUGCCUAUUUACAGAA